CCACUAGAAAGUAGCCAAGACAACCUGAGGGCCGGAGUCAUGGAGAGCAAAGCCAUGAAAGCUCUACCAGAUCCCCCUGAAGAGGACGACCGGGAAGAGAAGGUUUAUGGGAAUGUUUUAGCCGAGCUGGAGUCUGUUGACUUGCCUUUGGGGACCACACUGAGAUCUGUCUACGAUGACCAGCCCAACGCCCACAAGCGCUUCAUGGAGAAGCUGGAUGCCAGGAUACGCAACCACGACCGUGAGAUCGAGAAGAUGUGCAACUUCCACCACCAGGGCUUCGUGGACGCCAUCACAGAGCUUCUUAAAGUCAGAGCAGACGCAGAGAAACUCAUGGGACAAGUGACGGACACUAAUCAGAGACUUCAGGAGGCCGGGAGAGAGGUGACGGCCCAAACGGAGGAGGUGAUUCGCUGUCGGCUGCAGCAGAGGAACAUGGCCACCACCGUGGAGAAGCUGCAACUCUGCAUCCCGGUCCUUGAAAUGUACAGCAAACUGAAGGAGCAGCUGGAGUCUAAAAGAUACUACGCUGCACUGAAGACCAUGGAACAGUUGGAGAACGUCUACAUCCCACGGGUCAGCAAAUACCGGUUCUGCCAGAUCAUGGCGGAGACGCUCCCCAAGCUCCGCGAGGAGAUCAAGGAGAUCUCCAUGUCCGACCUCAAGGAUUUCCUGGAGAGUAUCCGGAAGCACUCGGACAAGAUCGGAGAGACAGCCAUGAGACAGGCUCAGCAGCACAGGACGUUUAUCAGUGCCAUGCAGAAGCAGGCCAGUCUGGGUUGCACCAAACCCCUGUACUCCCUGAACGGGCGCACGCCCACCCAGCACAACGGCCUCCACAGAGAGGAAGGCGCCGAGGAGGAGGAGUCCGAGGAACAGGUGCGCGUCUUAACAGCACAAGAUCUGGUAGAUUUCUCCCCAGUCUACCGAUGUCUGCACAUCUACACAGUCCUGGGUGACAGGGACUCUUUUGAAAAUUAUUAUCGGAAACAGCGGAAGAAACAAGCCAGACUUGUCCUGCAGCCUCAGUCCAACAUGCACGAAACUGUGGAAGGCUACAGGAAGUAUUUCAACCAGAUAGUUGGGUUUUUUGUGGUGGAGGAUCACAUCUUGCACGCAACUCAAGGCCUGGUGACGCGAGCCUUCACAGAUGAGCUCUGGAACAUGGCCCUCUCCAAAAUCAUCGCCGUGCUGCGCACACACUCUUCGUAUUGCAGUGAUCCAGACCUGGUCUUGGAACUGAAAAACAUGAUUGUGAUAUUUGCUGACACUUUACAGGGCUACGGCUUCACGGUGAACAGAUUAUUUGAUCUGCUGUUUGAAAUCAGAGAUCAGUACAACGAGACACUGCUGAAGAAAUGGGCUCUGGUGUUCAGGGAGAUAUUUGAACAGGACAACUACAGCCCCAUCCCUGUAGAGACGGAAGAAGAGUACAAAUCGGUCAUCAGCAGGUUCCCCUUUCACGAAGCUGAAAUCGAGAAGCAACCAUUUCCAAAGAAACUCCCCAUGUCCCAAUCUGUGCCUCAGAUCUACACGCAGGUGAAAGAGUUCAUCUACGCCAGCCUUAAGUUCUCCGAGUCUUUGCACCGCAGCUCGACAGAAAUCGAUGACAUGCUACGCAAGUCCACCAACCUUCUGCUGACGAGGACGCUGAGUGGCUGCUUACAAAACCUCAUCAAGAAGCCCCACAUAGGCCUCACUGAGCUGGUUCAGAUCAUCAUCAACACUACACAUCUAGAGCAAGCCUGUAGAUACCUGGAGGACUUCAUCACCAACAUCACAAACGUCUCCCCGGAAACCAUUCACACCACGCGGCUCUAUGGCCUGGCCACGUUUAAGGACGCGCGGCACGCAGCUGAGGGUGAGAUCUACACCAAGCUAAACCAGAAGAUUGACGAGUUCAUCCAGCUGGCCGACUACGAGUGGGGCAUGUCCGAGUCGGACGGCCGGGCUAGCGGCUACCUCAUGGACCUCAUCAACUUCCUGCGCAGCACCUUUCAGGUCUUCACGCACCUGCCGAAUAUCUACAAUGACCAUGCCGCGAUGUCGGGUAAAGUAGCCCAGACGGCCUGCAUGUCUGCAUGUAAACAUCUGGCCAGCUCCCUGCUGCAGAUGCUCUUGGACCCCGAUCUCAAGCAGAUCAGCUUAGGAGCCAUUCAGCAGUUCAACCUGGACGUCAUCCAGUGUGAAUUGUUUGCCAGCUCAGAGCCAGUGCCCGGUUUCCAGGGGGAUACCUUACAGCUGGCCUUCAUCGACCUACGACAGCUCUUGGACCUGUUCAUGGUGUGGGACUGGUCCACGUACCUGGCUGACUACGGGCAGCCCACCUCUAAGUACCUGCGGGUGAAUCCCUCCACAGCGCUCGCUCUCCUGGAGAAAGUCAACAGGGGAAUGAAGGACACCAGUAAGAAGAACAACAUCUUCUCCCAGUUCCGCAAGAACGACCGGGACAAACAGAAGCUGAUUGAGACGGUGGUAAAGCAGCUGCGAAGUUUGGUCAAUGGAAUGUCCCAACACUCUUAAGACCCCCCUCGUCACCACCCCGCCUUGCCACAAACACACAAACCGAUCACCCCCCCCCACACACACACACACACACACACACACACACACACACACACACACCCCGAGCCCACAACCCGCACCAAUAUUCUCCUCCACUCCUCUGCUCAGCGCUCACAAACUUUAUUUUAACCUGACUGGAACUAACCUGUGUUGGAAAAUGUGGGGUUGCAGGAGCUGGAAGAAAAUACCCAGAAACAGACAGUUUGCUGAGGGGAAGAAUAAAAACACACACACAUACAAAAGCUGUUUUGUGAGCAGUGAGAAGAAUAUUCCUUUUCAUUUCAUUAUUCUUUCUUUUUGUUUUUGGAGAAAUCGUAUUUUUACGGUUGAGAGAUAUAUUGUUUGUGUUUUUGUUGUCGUUUUUGUUUGGUUCUGUUGUAUAUUGUAAAAGUAUAAUGAUUGUAUCACCACCAGUGAUGGUGGGCUUGGCAGGAGAGGAAAAUUGGAGGAAAGAGUCUGAGGUGAAUUGAUGAAGUCCUACAAACAAGACUGAGUUUCCAACAGAGCUCUCUAUCUCUCUCUCUCUCUCUGUGUCUCUCCCUGUCUCUCUCUACACACACACACACACACACAUACAGCUGCACAUUCAUACAUACACACACACACACGAACACCACACUCCAGAUGUAGUUUUUAAUGUAAAUAUAUUUCAGUAUAUAUUUAACACUACAGCAGUUCCCCUCCUUGUUGGACUGGCUUGAAACUAAUUCGGCUUUGAUACGUUCGAUAAGCCAAAAAUGCAUGAAGAUGUUGCUUUUUUUUUUUCUUCGUUGUUCAAAAGAACAAUGGACUUUGAAGUGUAAUUCACAUAUAAUUCAUCCUAGUAGGAACCGUUUUGAGAAGGUCUGUUUUAUUUCACAUCAAUGGUGUACUGGCAUCCCAACAUGCUACUUAGAAUUUUACUUUGGUUUUUAAUUUGCCUCAGGGUGACAUGGAAUCGUUUUGGGUUGUGAUGCUUUAGAAGCCAAUGCUUAUAGUGGAGGGCGAAGAGCAAUAACUAGUCUGUUGGCUGCCUCUUUAAGCAUCGAUUUGCCUAGGGAAAGGACACUUCUGCAAAUGUGCGAUUGGGUUCUGCUCUGAAUUGCUUUCAACAGGCAUUUUUUUGCACUGAAUUAUUUAAGUUUUACUUUUUUUAUUAUUAUUAUUUUAAAUAGAUGCUUGUGUAAUUAAAAUGUCAUUGUAUAUACCACCUAUUUUGUUAAAAAAUUAAAAUGGAAUGCAGAAAGUGACUUCUGCAGCAAUUUAAGAGAUGAUUAUGUAAACGCAUCUCCCUAUGCUAAAUAUGUAAGUAGAGUUUGAAAUUGUACUUAAAUUGAACAAGUUCACUGAAUGCAAUGAGGGGGAAGGCUCUAGACGGUCCAGUGUCGUCUCCGCGUAGCCGAAACAAGUAUGACUCAUCCAUUCAACAUUUCAACAUUCCUGUGUGAAGCCAGCGAUGUAAGAGCGCUCCGGGACAUUUAAAACGGCUACUGGCUGUAUUGCACCCUUGCCAUGAACCUACAAUAAUUCCUCCUCCCUCUCUUGGCCCCUACCCCCCACUGACUGCUAUAUUCCCAAGAUCCCAUCUGUUUUUAUUUGUGUGAUAUAAUAAAAUGUGAUCACUUUA